CGCUCAGCGAAAGCGCAUUGAGGCCGAUGUGAGGAGAAGGAAAAGAAGAAUGUUUUCUGCCAUUACUGUGAACAAAGUUGUCAGUGGCCUUUGCCGGACAUCAUGGCAACGGGCUGUGUUGGGGACAGUUUCAACCCGUGGUUACCGAGGUGAUGCACCUGAUGACUCUGGCAAUGACCUCAUAGAGAUUCCCCUGCCCCCGUGGCAGGAGAAGCCUGGCGAGACGCUUGACAUCAAAAGGCGGCGGCUCCUGUACGAGAGCCGCAAGAGAGGCAUGCUGGAGAACUGCAUCCUGCUGAGUCUGUUUGCCAAGCAGUACCUGAACACCAUGACGGCGACCCAGCUGCAACAGUACGACAAGCUGAUCAACGAGCCUAGCAACGACUGGGACAUCUACUACUGGGCCACAGGGGCCCACCCCACGCCCCCGGACUACCAGAGCGAGGUGAUGGACUUGCUGCAGGAGUUCACCAAGAACCGGGACCAGGAGCAGAGGCUGAGGGCCCCCGACCUGGAGUACCUGGACACCGGGAAACAGUGACCGACGCCCCGGCUCUCGUCCGGAGGCUACGCGCGGCGCGCGCAGAGCCGCUGGUUAAUAUCGCCACGCGAUGUCCUUUUUCCGACGUCCUUGUAAAUAUUUGUAUUCGUCGACGUGUACGGAAUCCCGUUAACACGCCUGCCCGAUCGGCACCUCUCGGUUUCGCCUGCGCAGCGGCGGCGGUGUUAGCGAGGUUCAUAAAAAAACGCACCUCAGACGGGGAGCGUUUUUUUUUUUUUUUUCCCUUGCUCGUUCUCGCCGAACGCGGAAAGCCGUUGUUGUUGGGCAGCAGCGGUCCGCGGGGCCUUUGUGUUUAACAACCUCGACGCUGAGAGACUGUUUUACGGAAUGAUUGACGCCCUACCUUCAGGGCUUUAAAUUCGACGGAGUGCAGCGAGCAGGAAAGACAGCUCUGCUCUGUAUCGCUGUGAAAUAAAGCUUUCUUUGUUCUGGG